AUGAACGAGACGCGAUCUCCGGCCCGUGCCAAGCCAGGACUUCACUUCGCCUCCGGACUUGGAUCAGGCAUAGCGUCGGCCGUCAUUUUGCAACCUCUCGACUUCUUGAAGACCCGGGUGCAACAGACGGGCCGCCCAUCGCUCUCUGCUUGUCUACGAGACGCGAGACGAUCCUCCCAGCUUAUCCGCACCUUGUGGCGAGGCACGGUUCCUUCAGCGCUGCGUACUGGCUUCGGCUCUGCUCUAUAUCUUACCUCGCUCAAUGCAAUCCGCCAGCAUGUGCAACAGAUGGGCGAUGCUGAAGAGUGGCGCCGGGAAACCGGUGGCUCAUCUGCCCUGCCCGACCUGACCUAUACGGCCAAUUUGGUAUCCGGUGCCAUGGCCAGAACGAUUGCCGGAUUUUGCCUCAUGCCUCUGACGGUUAUCAAGGUUCGAUUCGAGUCCAGUCUGUAUUCGUAUCCGUCCAUGAUAGCCGCGGCCCGAGAAAUACAACGGGCCGAUGGUCUUCGUGGCUUCUUCUCGGGCUUUGGCGCAACGGCAAUCAGAGAUGCUCCAUCCGCUGGCAUGUAUGUAGUGAUCUACGAAUCGUUCAAGAAGCGGAUUAACUCCUGGGUGUUCACCUCUUACCUCGACACCGGACACGCCACAAUAUCAGGACCAGUGGCAAGUUCGAUAAAUUUCAGCUCAGCCAUUGUCGCGGGAGCCGCCUGUUCCGCAAUCUCCAACCCCUUCGACGCCAUCAAGACGCGAAUACAGCUCCAGCCGCAUCAGUUUAGGAACAUAUGGCAGGCAGCUUCUGUCAUGGUGGCCCAAGACGGAUUCCGGUCGCUCUGGAAUGGAUUAGCUUUGCGCAUGAGUCGGAAAGCUCUCAGCUCAGCGUUGGCCUGGACAGUGUACGAAGAACUCAUCCGUAAAUCGAGUGUGACGGCAUGA